AUGGCCAAUACCAGACUUCAAUACCGACGACGGAAUCCGUACAACACACGGUCAAAUAAAGUCCGCAUCAUCAAGACUCCAGGCGGCAAACUCAGAUACCUUCACAUCAAAAAGAAAGGAACCGCACCAAAAUGUGGUGACUGCGGUAUCAAACUCCAAGGCAUUCCUGCCCUCCGACCCCGUGAAUACUCCCAGGUCUCCCGGCCCAAGAAGUCGGUGUCCCGUGCCUAUGGCGGCUCCCGCUGCGCUGGCUGCGUCAAGGACCGUAUUGUUCGCGCGUUCCUGAUUGAGGAACAAAAGAUCGUCAAGAAGGUGCUGAAAGAAUCGCAAGAGAAGACUGCUGCUGCAUCGAAGAAGCGUUAA